CCAAGAAACUGGAAAGGCUGGAAAAGCUUCUGAGGAUAGAGAGGAGGAAACUCCGGGUUAAUGAAGAGAAAGGAAGUCAGUCCCAGCUGGAAGAAAUGAAGAAGAGAUAUUCUGAAAAGGUCAAGGAAGUUGAUGGAUUCCAAAGAGAGGUUGCUGAACUUUCCCAGCAGUUGGACAGGGAACGUGAACAGUGCACGCAGCUGGAGGCCAAAAAUCAGGCUUUGCAAGAAGAGCUGUCUGCCCUGCGUGGGGAGUGCGAGAACCUGGCCCUGGACAAAUGCCAGCUGCAAGAAGAGCUGGCAAAACUCCACCAUCAUUUGGAGACCAACGUGGUGGAUCGCAGCCAACUCGAACAGUGCAAAAGAGAGGUGGAAGAACAAGCAGACCAGGAAAUAAGACAAAAACUCCAAGAAGUCAAUGAGUUUUUGCAAGCACAGGCAGCCCACCAGGACACCUUAGAAGAAAUCAGAAGCAGUCAUGUGGACUCACUGAAAAAACAGUUAGAAGACAGAAUUAGAGAUCUGGAACGUGCACUGGGAAGGACAAAAAGCAACCAAGCAGAAAGACCUUUUCAAAAGGAAUCCACCCAGGCAGAAGUGGACAAGUACAAAGAGCUGUAUCUGGUGGAAGCCCAAAGAAGAAAAAGCUUCGCCAAGAAACUGGAAAGAGCUACUGAGAGACUUGCAGUAGCCAACACCAAGCUCUUUUUGGAGCGCCACAGAAGCAGAUCUGUGGUCACAAGCAGCGCUGUCAGCGGAGUUCUGGCUGCAAGUCCACUUCUGGAUUCACCUGGCCUGGGACAUGUUGGCAUCAGUUUGGGACUGAGCAGAAGUCUGGCUCUCAGAACACCACCCAGACACCUGUGGUAAAGCCCAAGACUUCUGCUCAUCAGGACAUCCUGUGAGGGACCGUUCAGAUGGAUGGAAUGAAUUGCUUCCUUUCCUUAAUUUCGACACCCACGGCCUAGUAGCCAGUUUCCUUGAUGGUGGCCUUCAAGGUUUGGUAGCAAAGACUCCAAGAUCAGCUCUAACCCAUCCCUACAUUGCUCAGUGACAAUGAUCCUAGUGGUGAAGGCAGCGAAACUGCUACUUAAAAUUGGAGAGGUGGUGCUGCAUUGGUCCCCUUGUUGUACGAAAGGAAUCGCUGGAGCUUUGGGGACAAGAAGUGCCAACGGCCACGACAACUGUACACAGGCAACAGUAUCGGAGGAACCGAGAUGCUGUGACCCCCAUCCAUCCAUCCAGUACAUCCAUGACAUCAUUGUGGGGGGGACACAGCAGAAGAAGUUUUCGAGAAAGGACAGAAGAUCAUCCAGAUUCUCCUCGAGGCCGGUUUUGCCAUCAAGAAGAGUAAGGUCAAGGGCCCUGCCCAAGAGAUCCAGUUCCUAGGGCUGAAAUGGCAAAUGGACGACACCAGAUACCAACAGACGUCCUCAACAAGAUUGUAGCAAUGGCUCCACCCACAAACAAGAAAGAAACCCAAGCUUUUCUGGGAGCCAUUGGCUUCUGGAGGAUGCACAUCCCAGAGUACAGCCAGAUGGUGAGCCCUCUUUACUUUGUGACCCGUAAAAAGAACAAUUUCCAGUGGGGUCCUGAACAACAACAAGCUUUCAGGCAGAUCAAGCAAGAGAUUGCACAUGCCGUGGCUCUUGGAGCUGUCAGGACAGGACCAGAGGUAAAGAAUGUGCUCUACU